GCCGCGGCUCGGGGAGUUGAUGGCAGCACCGCAGCGCGGCCGCCGGGCCGAGCGCCGAGCGCAGCCACCCGCCGCUGCCCAGGGAGCGUCCAAGAUGUGGAGGGACCCGGGCGGUAGCGGUCGCAGCGGCGCCAGGGACCGGGGCGCGCAGCAGCCUCCGCUCUCCUGCCUGUGCUGACCUGCCUCGUUUGGCCCCAAAGAAUGUCAGCCAAGUCCAAAGGGAACCCCCCCUCCUCCUCUCCAGCCGAGGGACCCCCGGCAGCCUCCAAAACCAAGGUGAAGGAGCAGAUCAAGAUCAUCGUGGAGGAUCUGGAAUUAGUCCUGGGCGACCUGAAGGACGUAGCCAAGGAACUUAAGGAGGUGGUUGAUCAGAUUGAUACCCUGACCUCUGACCUACAGCUGGAGGAUGAGAUGACUGACAGCUCCAAAACGGACACCCUGAACAGUAGCUCAAGCGGCACAACAGCCUCCAGCAUAGAGAAGCUCAAAGUGCAGGCCAACGCACCUCUCAUUAAACCCCCAGCACACGCGUCUGCUAUCCUCACAGUCCUGAGAAAGCCGAACCCCCCACCGCCUCCACCACGGUUGACUCCUGUGAAGUGUGAAGACCCCCAAAGGCCGGUGCCAGCCGCCAAUCCAGUUAAAACCAACGGCACCCUUCUGCGGAACGGAGGCUUUCCAGGAGCACCAAACAGAAUUCCCAAUGGAGACAUCGGCUGCCCACCCAGUAACAACUCGGACAAGGUGUCCCUGCAGCCUCUGAUGCACAGACCUGAAAAAGACAGGUGUCCCCAGGCAGGGCCUCGGGAGCGGGUUCGGUUUAAUGAGAAAGUGCAGUACCAUGGCUAUUGUCCUGACUGCGACGCCCGGUAUAACAUGAAAAACCGGGAGGUCCAUUUACACAGCGAACCUGGCCAGCCACCAGGAAAGCUUCCUCAGCCAGGCCCUCCCCGCCCUCCUCCACCCCUUCACCCUCCAUUUCCACUUGAAAAUGGGGGGCUGGGACUAAGCCACAGUAACAGCUUCCCCCCGCUCAGACCUGCAGCUGUGCCUCCUCCCCCUGCACCGAAGCCACAGAAGACGAUCUUGAGGAAAUCCACCACUACAACAGUGUGAUCUCCUUCAGGAUGGAAGGAAAACCUUUAUUUGGAGGCAUGUCAGCUCAUUUUUCUCACUUCGGAUUCAUCAUUAUGACUUCUUGAGGCCAGCUCUAAUUUUGAAAUAACCAGGAACCUGUCCAUCUGAGAGUAGCAACCUCCCCGAACUCCGGAGCACAAACCAUCAUGGAUAGGGUCUGCGUAGAAUCAUCCGCCUCUAGUCUAACAGCCAUGAGCAGAGCCCUAGGGCUGAAAAAGCCACAGCCUUAAAUCUCUUCACUCAGAAAUUACCGAGAAGAUUCAACAAAAAACAGAUGAAAAGGAUUAAACAAUCAAGCCAACAAAAACAGAAACCAAACAAACUCCAUCUUACUUCACCAUGAAAAUAAAUAUUCCCAGAUACGAACCCAUAUAUUCAGCAAAUUAAGCUAGUAAAUUAUCAGUUGAUUUAUCAUUUGGGAAGUUAAAAGCAUAGAGAUAGGAGUUAUCUCUAGCCAGAAUCACUCAGCAUUUCAGAAGGAAAAAUGUAGACAAAGAGAAACUGAACAAGCAGAGGAGCAUUGCAGCAAUGAACAGUAUUAGGUGGGAAUGUUGCUGUUUGCAGAGAGGAUGUUUGCCACCAUGUGUACACUUUUAAAGCCAUAAUGGAAUAGCAGUAUUGUUGUCAAUUGCUGGAAAAGUUUCUGCAUUCAGUCCUUCACUCCAUAUUGGUUGAGAGAGGGGGGAGGUCAGUUCUUACUGAUUAUUUCUCAAUGCACUUCGAAUAUUUGCACUGUCACUUCCAUUCAGGGUAAUGAUGUGCGCUGUUAUUUGCACAGAUGGUCCCAUGAGUUUUGAGACCACAACAAGCAGUUUCUUGCAGGAGUCUAAAAAGGAAACACUUAAGAAUUCUGCAUAUAUUGAUUUCUCUUUCUUCCAUAAAAAUCAGUUACCUGAAAAAAUAAUGUUCUUGUCUCAGAUUAAAAUAACAACUACAGAAUUAUCAUGAAAAAGCAUCAGUGUGGAUCAAAUUUUUUAAUGAAGAUCAUUUUUUAUCAUUAACAGCCAAGAAGUCAAAUACAGUGAACUGUACACGAAACAUUUGUGUUUAACAUCUAUUUGUUCUCUGAAAAAAAAUCAUUUGUAAUUUGUAUUUGACAUAUAACAGUUUUUUAUAGCCAUUUAUCUAUGCUUCAUGGAAAAAUG